AACGUAUUUUAGGCAUCCACGUCAAUAUAGCUAAUUCACCAUCAUUUACUUACAACAAAAUCAAAAAAAUGUUACAUUAUAUUAGUUUCAAACUUCGUAAGAAAAAAAUCACGCAUGAUCACGUGAUGUAUAUUAUUAAUAAGGUGCUAUUACCGAGGAUAGAAUAUUUAACGCAACACAUUUUUAUUGAACCAAACAAAUGUAAUGAAUUCAAUAGAAUCUUACGCUCAAUUUUUAAACAUUCCCUAUCAUUACCAAAAUCUUUUUUUAAUUCAGUGGUACAUAAUCUGAUAUACCCCAAUAUUUUGAAUAUUUGGGAUUCACAAUUGCGUUCCCAAGCAUCCUUAUUAAAUGCACAAAUUAAUAACCCAGUCACGUCAAAAGUUAUAGAAUUCCUUUUUUUAACAUCACAAUGUAAACUUUGGACAAAUGAUAUAAGUGAAACGACUAAAUAUUUUCACAAACCUUCUAAACAUUUUAACCGAUUAGAAAAUUUAAUAUGCAUUUUCCAUUUCUAUAACCUAUCCUUUAAUACAAAUUUUAAAUAUAAUGUUACUGGUAGUUUACAUCCUAUUAGAUAUUUUAUCGUUGACCCCAAAAAAUAUUUUGGUUUUGUUAAAUCACUCAAGAACAAGAAUAUUUUCUUCUUGGAUCAAAUAAUUAGUAACGAUGGUGCUUUUCUUAAAACUUGGAAAGAGAUCAAGAAAUUAUUAAAAAAUAAUCGAAGGCGCCGAUCUAAAUGGUAUGAUUUUCUUAAAGAUAAUAUCGUAUUAAAUCCUUCAACAAAUCGUUUACAAUUUACGACUCAAUCUGAUAAUAUGUCACCUGAUCUCGGAUUUCCACGACCUAAAAUAAUUAAGUGUAAUAAUCAUAGCGUUCCUUGUAAAAAUCAAUGGGCUGCUUUUUGGUCACCACGAGUUUCAAGUAUAGUUUAUGGAAAAAUUUUGGAAAAAUCACACUUUCCUGGAGAUUCACCAAAGGUCUAUUUAGAACAUCAUAUUCCGUUCAAAGAUAUGUCUAAUCCUAAUCAUAACAUAACUCCUCACUCCACACCUAAUUUACUUACACCUUGCACUGGUUGUGAUCUUCAUGAUUCAUUCUAUAUUGGUGACGUUCGUCCCAAGUGCAUUAUUAGUUAUUUUUCUAAUUUUACAAUCACUUUACACGUGAAUAUAUUCAAAAAAGAUAAUAAUCAAUUUAAUAACAUUUUUAUUGUACAUAAGUCUGACAGUGAAUUACGCGCAGACACCUUCAAAGAUUACAAAAUUAGAACAGACCCCUUAUUUAGAAAUAGAAUUAUUUCUUCACAAUCAAACACCCCUCAUUUAUAUAUCCCUUCUAACAUUAAUCAUAGAUUAGUGAAUGGUUUAUUAUUACCUAAUGAUAUCUUUAAUGAAUUUUAUAUUUUAAUUAAUAAUUUAGCUUCUUUUACAAAUUUAGAAUUUUAUACUGAUGGUUCUUUAAAAAUUGAUGAUGAUAAUCCUCGUAUGGGUUUUGGGUGGAUAUUUACUUCGGAUACUAAUUUAAAUAUAAAAUUUUCUACACAAUGGCCCAGUUCUACUAGAGCUGAAAUUAUGGCUGUAUUAACAUGCCUUAUAAUAGUUGCUAGUCUCUCAGAUGGUUUUUAUUAA